AUGGCGGCAAACCGGUGCACGAGGAGCCACGUGCAGCGCACAGGUGAGACGCCCUCCCCCUCCCCCCCACCUGUGAUUGACCCCUUUGUGAUGCUUCUCUUCUUUGUUUCCCCUCUCACGUCUUCUGCUGACGUCACUGAAUGUUCCGGCCAACAAGACACUGAGGAAAAAGAGUAUGUAGGUUUUGCCUCGUUACCCAAACAGCUGAACAGGAAAUUUGUGAAGAAAGGAUUUGACUUCACACUCAUGGUGGCUGGUGAAUCAGGUCUUGGUAAAUCCACACUGGUUAACAGUUUGUUCCUCACUGAUCUUCACAAAGACAGAAAACUUCUCAAUGCUGAAGAGCGCAUCCAUCAGACGGUGAACAUCACCAAGCACACGGUGGACAUCGAGGAGGAAGGCGUGAAGCUGAGGCUCACCAUCGUGGACACGCCAGGCUUUGGCGACGCCGUCAACAACACUGACUGCUGGAAGCCGGUGUGCGAGUACGUGGACAAGCAGUUCGAGCAGUAUUUCCGUGACGAGAGCGGCGUGAACAGGAAGAAGAUUGAAGACAACCGCGUGAACUGCUGCCUCUACUUCCUGCCUCCUUUCGGACACGGGCUGCGCCCGGUGGACGUGGCGUUCAUGAGGGCGCUGCAGGAGAAGGUCAGCGUGGUCCCCCUGAUCGCCAAGGCCGACGUCCUCACGCCGAGCGAGACCAAAGCGCUCAAGGGCAAGCUGAGGGACGAGAUGGACGCGCACGACGUCAGAGUCUACCAGUUCCUCCACGGCGACUCGGACGACGGCGACGACUCCAGGCAGAAAGACCUGAAGGACAGCAUGCCCUUCGCCGUGAUUGGCAGCAACACCAUGGUGGAGGUCAAAGGUCAGCGGCUACGAGGGAGGACGUACCCCUGGGGCUUCGUGGAGGUGGAGAACCCGCGUCACUGCGACUUCGUCCAGCUGAGGAGCAUGUUGAUCCAGACGCACAUGCAUGACCUGAAGGACCUGACCUCCGACCUCCACUACGAGACCUUCAGAGAACGCCGCAUCAGCAACAUGAGCAGCAAGAUGGCGGCGGAGCGGCGGGCGGAGAGCCCCCUCCCGUCGUCGGCCACGUUGGACCCGGAGACGGACAAAGCCAUCCAGAAGAAGGACGAGCAGCUGAGGAGGAUGCAGCAGAUGCUUCAGAAGAUGCAGCAGCAGAUGCACGAGCAGGACCUCUGACCUCUGACCUCCAGCAACACCACCCAGUAAAACCACAGACAUCUUACAAGUGGACGCAGCAUUGGCUGCUGUGAUGCGAGAAAUUGGGCCGCCAUCUUGAAGUGGUGAUGAGGAGCCUAAACUGACA